AUGGUGUCUGUUGGUACUGUUAAUCGGCUUGUGGCCACAUCUAAAGACUUUGAUAUCACUGGAUUGCAAAUAAUCGGAUACUAUUUGAGGUUAUACGCUAUUGAACUGUUGUUGAACGAUCAAGAACGGUCGGUGGAGCUUACGGAGCUGGCUACUGAGCUCUUGACCACUGUGGAGACUUAUAAAGACUCUGUGAAAUCUGAGGAUGCUUCCGAGUUGGGAAAUCCUGUUUAUGGGCUGAUACACGAUCAGGAGAAAGCAAAGAUGUAUGUUUCGAACUUUGCCCUAUCGCUAUACAAUGGUAAAUUGAAGCAAGUACAGGAAGGACCUUGGGAUUAUACGUUGCAAAGGGGAUUAUGGUGUUGUAUUGAUUUAUUUUCUUGUAUUUCACAUUUAUGGGGGGACCAAGAUGGAUCCGUAAAGAGACGGCUGAAAUAUUGUAAAGUGUAUUUGAGUAAACUCGUGAAAGGAGAACUGGGAUCCAAUAAGGAGGUGGAACAGGACAGUCUAGAAACGAGUCCUGGAGCCAAAUUAGAUUACAAGGAUUUCCUCGAUAAUGAACAAGAAACGGUGUCUGAGAUGGUAAGCCGUUUAAGAGCCGCCGAUGACGAGGAAGAGGAAGAGCAAGAGGCCACGGGAGAUAACACUGAAAUAUCGUUGCCUCAAGCACCGAAAAACGAGCCCGCAAGCAAAGCGGAGAGCGAGUUUGAACCUGAGUUUGUUGAUUCUGAUGAGGACGAGGAAGAGGAUUCUCUCGCACCUGCCCCUGCACCUGCACCUGCAGCUGUCGAAACGCAAAAGCGAUACACCAAGGAUCAAUUAACAACUAUGCUUAAAAGAUCAGAAGAGAUUGAAAAAGUACAAAGGAUGGCCAAAUACGCCAUUAGUGCAUUGAAUUACGACGACAUCGCUACCGCCAAGGACGAGCUAACCAAAGCCUUAGAAAUUCUAAAUCUGUUAUAA